CGCGCUCGCAGUCGCACGUGUCGUUACGACUUUAACCGAGCACAGUGUCAUCGCGCAUUUAAUAAAAUUAAAAGAAACGAAAACAUUCUAUUACAUUUUUGUAUAAAAAAUGGAAUUCAGGGUCAUCGAAAGUAGCCUUGGGUUGUGACGAUGGGUCGCGAUGUGAGAUGGUUGCACGUUGAAGACGGGGUGUCUAUAGCACCCCAGCAGCGCCAAUGAUAACCCGGUGCAGCGUGGAGUGCCAGCAUGGCCAACGCGACAGACGCGUACUGCGUGCCAGGUGCCACCGACUUCAACAAGGCCUACAGCCGCAUGCACGGCUAUAUCGCCCUAGUGGUGUGCAUCGUCGGCUCCGCUACCAACUCCAUCAACAUAGCGGUGCUCAGCCGCCGCGAGAUGACCAGCUCCACGAACUCCAUACUCACCGGCCUCGCCGUCGCCGAUCUUCUUGUUAUGCUCGAGUACAUACCCUACGCUCUCCACAUGAACAUCAAGAUAGGACCGCAACUGAACAAGAAUACUUACUCGUGGGCAGUUUUUGUUUACUUCCAUUCCAUCUUCAGUCAAACUUUUCAUACGAUAUCGAUAUGGCUGGCCGUAACGCUUGCGGUGUGGCGAUACGUGGCGAUCGCUUACCCGCAGAAGAAUAGAACUUGGUGUAAUAAGAGAAACACGACUCUAGCUAUAGUGAGUGCAUAUGUUAUAUGUCCAUUUUUGUGUCUUCCGUUUUACUUUGCGAUGAAUAUAGUGCCCAGUGAAGUAACUCCGCAAAAUAAUUCAGAGUUUGCUGAAGAUCUAUCGUUGCCGCAUAAUCGGACCGUGUAUGUGUUGGAAAUGUCCAAGAACGUUGAAUUAGUUACAGCAAUAAUGUGGAUUUACAGUGUCAUAUUAAAACUAGUCCCUAGCAUAGCUUUGUCAAUAUUAAGUUCCUGUUUGAUAUCAAAAUUAACAACAACAGAACGAAAGAGACAGAAUCUACUAAAGCGCUCCACUGUUGGACCAAAUGAGCAGCUCGAAAAGCAGUGCUUAGCGGAAGAGGCAUGCGCUCGCCGGUCGAGCCGCACAGACCGGACCACUCGCAUGCUGCUGGCUGUGCUGGGCUUGUUCCUGUCCACUGAAGUGCCUCAAGGUCUCCUGGGGCUUGCCAGCGCGCUAGCCCCCAACUUUUUCAAGAACUGCUACAGCAUGUUUGGUGAUUUAAUGGACAUGUUGGCGUUGUUCACAUCGUCUGUUAAUUUCGUGCUGUACUGCAGUAUGAGCAGACAAUUUCGGUGUACGUUCGCGAGGCUGGCGCGACGGAUGCUGUCGGCUGCGGAAGAGCCAGCCAAACUAGCGACCAAGAUGGAGCCCACAACGCAGGUCACCGGGCCGCUAUAGCGACAGAUACCCGCCCUAAUAAGGGUGGUGGAAGAGAGUAUAAUAUAAGUAUGCAAAGGUA